UCCCACCUCUCCCUCCUCUUCUCCCCUCGUGCAGCCGUCCCUCUCUGUCGCCGCCGUCAAAGCUUAACGGCGGCGCGCGAUGGCUAAUCCCGAUAUAUAAACUCCCCCGCGGCUCCCCUCCCCUCCCGCCACACACCAAGAAGAUCGCUACCAAUUCGCGGAUAAGCUCUCUUGUUAAUCGCGAACCUUUUCUUUACUUUUUGUCCUGCCUCCUCGUGGUUACCGACGGGGUCCCUCCCUGCCAUGGAGUCCGUCCGCGUCGCCCCUGCUCCCGCGGCGGCGGCGGCGGCGUUGGCGGAGCAGAAGCUCAAGCUUAUUGAGCAGAAGACGGAAUCUUUGCCCCCCGCCGCCGCCGCCGCCGCGAAGGCGCCGGCGUCGGCGUGCAAGUGGGCGAUGAAGAAGAAGCUGGUGGGCGGCGACGCCGGGUACGUGCUCGAGGACGUGCCCCACCUCACCGACUACCUCCCCGAGCUCCCGACGUACCCGAAUCCCCUGCAAGACAACCCCGCCUACUCGGUCGUCAAGCAGUACUUCGUCAACACGGACGACACCGUCACGCAGAAGAUUGUUGUUCACAGGACCAGUGCGAGGGGCACCCAUUUCCGGCGCGCCGGGCCACGCCAGAGGGUCUACUUCCAGUCCGAUGAGGUGAACGCCGCCAUCGUCACCUGCGGCGGCCUCUGCCCCGGGCUGAACACGGUCAUCCGUGAGCUCGUGUGCGGCCUGUACGACAUGUACGGUAUCACCAGCGUCGUUGGCAUUGAGGGUGGCUACAAGGGUUUCUAUUCACGAAACACCGUCACCCUGACACCAAAAUCGGUGAAUGACAUCCAUAAGAGAGGGGGAACCAUUCUCGGAACUUCAAGGGGAGGGCAUGACACUGCCAAAAUUGUUGAUAGUCUUCAGGACCGUGGUAUUAACCAGGUCUACAUUAUUGGAGGUGAUGGUACUCAGCAAGGUGCUUCUGUAAUAUACGAGGAAGUCCGUAGACGGGGCCUCAAAUGUGCAGUGGUCGGGGUUCCAAAGACCAUAGAUAAUGAUAUUGCGGUGAUUGACAAAUCUUUUGGAUUUGACACUGCUGUGGAGGAGGCUCAAAGAGCCAUCAAUGCUGCGCAUGUCGAAGCUGAAAGUGCAGAGAAUGGCAUUGGUGUUGUGAAGCUAAUGGGUCGCAACAGUGGGUUUAUCGCCAUGUAUGCUACUCUAGCUAGUCGUGAUGUGGACUGUUGCUUAAUCCCAGAGUCACCAUUCUACCUCGAAGGAAAAGGUGGCCUCCUUGAGUUCAUUCAGAAACGGCUCAAGGACAGUGGUCAUAUGGUCAUUGUGGUUGCCGAGGGUGCUGGCCAAGAUCUCAUCGCCCAAAGCAUGAAUUUUGUAGACACUCAGGAUGCUUCUGGAAAUAAGCUGCUUCUGGAUGUUGGCCUUUGGCUAUCCCAGAAGAUCAAGGAUCAUUUCAAGAAGAAGACCAACUUCCCCAUAACUCUCAAAUACAUCGAUCCGACAUACAUGAUCCGUGCGGUCCGGUCAAACGCCUCUGACAAUGUCUACUGCACUCUGCUUGCACACAGCGCCCUCCAUGGUGCCAUGGCAGGGUACACCGGCUACACCGUCGCACCCGUAAACGGCAGACAUGCUUACAUCCCGUUCUAUAGAAUCACGGAGAAGCAGAACAAAGUCGUGAUCACUGAUAGGAUGUGGGCGAGGGUUCUGUGCUCGACGAACCAGCCUUGCUUCCUGAGCCACGAGGAUGUCGAGAACAUGAAGCACGAUGACGAUGAGCGGCACCACCUCCACAACACUCAGCUCCUCGACGGCUCCCCGGCGAAGUGCUCACCUGACUGCAAUGGGUCAGCAGCUGUAGUGUGAGAAGCACAAGAUAAUUUAGAUGGAUAUAUAUUGAGCAUGUGUGUAAUUAGAGCUAUCCUUUUUUUAACCACUUUCUCUUAUCAUUUUUUUUUAGUUUGCCUUGUAGAGAAACUUCUCUGGAGAAUUUAUGUAUAAUACAAUAAGGGUUCUCUACCA